GUGUAUUUGAUAUUAGUUCCCAUAGUAUUUUUAUUUUAUCAUAAAAAAUUUAUGAUAUGGUUUUUAUUUUAUAGAUUUUUUUUGUUAUUUUCAAUUUUACCGAUAAUUUUAAAAACUAGAGAAAUCGUUUUCAGUAAUCACUUUUCAUCGUGAAGUAGGGAUUCCAUUAGUACAAUACUUAUUGUCUUAAGUAUUUUAGUAAUCUUAUUGAGUGGUAUUAUUAUAAUAGAAAGGAACCGAAAUAAUUAUAUAAUAAUAUCCUUUUUCUUUUCUAUACUCUUUUUAAUCUUAUUUUUUAGAAGUGAUGAUUUAUUAAAUUUUUUAGUCUUUUUUGAAUUAUCAAUACUACCUAUUUUUCUGUUAAUUGGGUGGUGAGGGAAGAGAAAAGAACGUAUAUUUUCCAAUUAUUAUUUUUUUUUAUAUACCCUAGUUACUUCUCUUCCUAUAUUUAUACUCAUUCUAAAGACACUAACUUUAAGGAUAGAAUCAAUAACUAUAUAUAAUUUUUAUGCUAUACAAAUUUCUUGAUUUAUAUUUAUACUUCUAGUUUUAAGAUUUCUAACAAAGCUACCUAUUUAUAGGUUACAUAUUUGAUUGCCAAAAGCACAUGUUGAUGCUCCUGUUAGAAGGUCAAUGGUUUUGGCUAGAAUUUUAUUAAAAAUUAGAAGAUUCAGAAUAAUACGAUGUUUUAUAUUAUUAAGGGAAGAGGUUAAAUUAACUUAUUCAGUUUUCUUUAUUAUAUUUUUAGGGGUGUGAAGACUUUUAUUCUCUAGGAUUAUUUGUCUCCGACUAACUGACUUUAAAGUUAUUGUGGCCUUUAGUUCAGUCAGCCAUAUAAGCCUUUCAGUUUCUGGGUUAAUAAGUUAUUACUACUGGAGGUUUAAAAGGUCUUAUUUAAUAUUCUUAGGUCAUGGAAUUUUAUCUCCCGUAUUAUUCCUUUUUAGGGAUUUAUUAUAUAAACGUUUUCAUUCUCGUCAUAUUAAUUCCUUAAAAAGGUUAAUUUCCUCCUCUUCUUUUAUGUUUUAUCUAAUUUCUUUAUUUUUUUUUGCCAUAAACUUUGGAUUUCCUCCUUUUGUAAAUUUUUUCAGAGAAAUCAGAUUGUUUAUAUCUCUUCUUUCCUUUAAUAUUUUACAAGUUUUUUUUUUAAUAAGAGGAUUUUUAAUAGCUAGAAUUUUUAUAAUAAAUAUAUUUGUUAUAAUUAGACAGUCUAAAAAACUAUUAUUUCAAAAAAUAAUUUUACUUAAUUAUGAAAAAACUACAAUUUUUCUUUUCUUUAUUUCUUAUGUAAGUAUGUCCUUUUUAUUUUCUUCUAUUAUUUAA